GUGUAUGUGUAUGUGUGUAGCAGAGAGUAGUGUACUUAUAUGUAUACGGACGAGAUGUGGCAUCCAUGUGGUGGUAGUGCUGUCUGGGGGUGUCGGCAGUGCUGUUGCCCCACACUCCAGCUGUGAAAUCACCCGCCGUCCCACAUCUUCCACCCACGAUGCCAUGACUGCCCUCUCCCGGGGUUUCCUAAUGCGGUAGCCCCGGACCGCCAUCAUUGUUGCGCAAUCUAGUCUACAUACACUACUACAUAUGUAGUACUGCUACCAUGUAUACCCUCUGUACAUAUGUAGGAUGCCGUCGUGUCCACUCGCAGUAUAAUGACAAACCAGCUUUUUCAUCCUUGGCUGCUCGUCCACCCCUCCUGACAUCUCCCUCUCCAUCUCCCCAGACACCCGCAUACCCACCACCGUCAUGCCUCCCAUUGCUCGGCCCCGCCGCAUUGUCGGCGUCUCGCUGAAAAUGUACUUCGACCUGCCCAGCACCCUCUCCUACAUCCGUGGUGUCCUGCAACUCGACGGCGAUGCCUGGAAUGCCCGCAUCGAUCUCUUUGUCAUCCCCGACUUUGUCUCCUUGACCGAAUCAGCCCGCAUCCUCGAGUCGUCGUCCAUCAUCCUCGGCGCUCAAGACACCUUCUGGGAGGACAAGGGCGCCUACACAGGAGAAGUCAGCCCGCUUGUCUUGAGACAGGCGGGUGCGAGAAUUGUCGAGAUUGGCCAUGCCGAGCGGAGAGCCCUCUUUGGUGAAAACGACGAGAUGGUUGCGAAAAAGGCUGGGGCUGUUGCGAGAAACGGCCUCAUCCCGCUCGUGUGCAUCGGCGAGAAGACGCAUCAUGGUGUCGCUUCAGCUGCCGUCGGAGCUGCUAUAGAUGAAUGCACGCCCCAGGUCAAAUCGAUCCUGGCUGCCGUGCCCGACGACACCGAGGUUAUUCUGGCUUAUGAGCCCGUGUGGGCCAUAGGCGCAAAGGAGCCUGCAGACCCUGACCACGUAGUCAUGGUGACAAAAGCGCUGAGAUCGCUAGCUGCUGGCCGCAAAGGUCUAACAAGAAUCGUCUAUGGCGGCAGUGCCGGUCCAGGAACUUUUGCAAAGAUUGCCGACGGCGUAGACGGCUUGUUCUUAGGCCGCUUCGCACAUGACCUCCACAAUCUCAAGAAAGUCAUAGAAGAAGUCGGCGGUGCUUAAUGCGUUUCCAUAUCCCAAGAAUGCGACAUGCUGCAGUUUCAGACUGGGAUAGGACGCCGGUGGAGUGACUGAGAGAGAGAGAUUACUUGACAUCCAGUGACUGCCCACUCGCGCAUCACCUGCUCUUUAUUGCAGUACAUGACUAGAUCGUGCUGCGCUCUCAUCGCCCUAUGCUAGGUUACUUCUGCCAGACUAUAAGGCCGAAUGGUAUGUUUGACGUCCCUGCUUCACUACUAUCGGUUCGCCAUGUCUUGCCCAUCUGUUAGAAAUGAUAUCGAAUCUAUUUGACCUAUGCAACAGUGCAACAGCGUGCCUGAUAUUCCAAGACUUAUCCAGCAUGCAUGCGUACGGCUAGAUCUGUAUACGUCUUUGAGUUCUCGGCCUGGGCAUAAUCACCCCAGCUUUUAUCCAUGGAGUGCAGUCCGAUGGCCUUCAAGUCACAACCAU